ACACACCGAUCGCGAAACUGCUUCCUAGCUUCGUUCCGGUUCCGGAGCGCCAGAGAGAGAAAGAAAGGGAAAAGAAGCGCCUUUGCCCACCGCGCGAUCGAUCGAUCCGGGGUCCGGCGGCCUGCCAUGGUGAAGCUGGCGACGGCCAGGGAGGCGCGGCUGUACGGGCCGGCGCUGGCGGCGAGGCGGUGGGAGUACAUCAACGCGGGGACAUACGUGUUCGCGGCGCUGCUCCUGGUCCUGGCGGCGGCGCUGUCCAUGUCCGUGUCCGCGGCCAGGCUGGGGCUCGCCGUAGGCGCCGUGGCGCUGGCGGCCGUGGCGGCCGUCAACGCACACGACCUCGCCGCGCACCUGGCUGGCGUCGACUGCCGCGUGGGACUGGCGAGGUACGAUGCCCAGCUCGGGCUCGUGGAGUUCCUCGUGCCGGCCGUGCACGCAGCCGGGUGCGCGCUCGCCGCCGCCGGCCUGGCGCUGCUGGCCUCCCCCCACUCCCACUCCCAGUCCCAGCAGCGGCACGCGGCGACCAUGCUGCUCGUCGCGGCGCUGCUGUGGGUGCUGGGCUCCGUGCUCAACUCCUGCCAGGUGUACGAGCGCGCCGACGGCCGCGCGCAGCUGCUGCAGUCGGGCGUGCAGGUGCCUCAGCUGCUGGGGAGCCUUCUGUUCCUGGUCGCCGCGGCGCUGAACCGCCCCCGCAGCGGCGGCGAGCCGGCGUGGCUGUGCCUGGUCGGGAGCGUGCUGUGGCUGGCGGCAGCGCUGCUCAACGUGCUGAAGGUGUUCGCCAUGCACCAGAGCGACGCGCUGCGGCUGGAGAAGCUCCGCGGCGGCGCGCAGGAGUGGCUCAGCCGCGACCGCGAGGGCCGCGUGCCGCUCAACUGGGAGGAGGCCGCCAGGAGACGGGCGCUGCCCACCGAGCUCCGGUGAUCAUCGCCCGCGCCAGGCGCCACCCAUCAUUUCCCGUGCCGUAAAAUGAGGGGAAAAGGGUAGAUAAAUAAAUUGUUUCAGCGCCACCCUUUUGGGCCGUUGCUUGGGCUCAAUGGAGGCCCGAAGCCCCGGAUUGUAGGGCCCAUUAGCUGCUGGAGCUUAUCGCAUUCCAUUUCCUAUGUCCGAGUCCCUUGCGGCUCCUUUGGAAGGAAAAGGAAUGAGAGAAUUAAGAGAUGGAUUGAAGAGGGUUGGAAGGAUUAAAUUUCUUUA